GUCGAAUAUGAGCGAUAGCCGAUUCGGCGCUACGCGCCUCAUCGGCUAUCAGCUCAUAUUCUACUCGAGUUCGUAGAAUAACUGUUAAUUAUAUUGAACUACACUCUCGCCCUACAAAACUACUCUCUAAAUAAUCUCCUAUGUCGUUUCGUAACAUUUUAGGGAAACCAACUGUGAGAGUCAAUUGUUCCAGUCCCAUCAUAGUAAGUGAAGGUGAUGAUGUCACAUGUGUAUGUAGAGGUGAAGGUGGAAACCCUCCUGCAGACGUCACAUGGUAUAAAGGUAGCAACAAAAUUGGUCAAAUAGGAAAAGAAGAACAAAGAUUAACUUUCAGUAACAUUGAUCAAACAGCCAGUGGGACAUACAAAUGUGUAGCCAAAAGCCACUCUCUAACGGAUGAAAAAUCAAUCGAAAUAAUUGUCUAUUGUAAGUAGCCGAAUUGCAUUGCGUGAUCAAUUUGCUAGAACAAUUAGCAACACAGGACAUUUAUUUCAUUAGCACCGGUUAAGUUUCCAAAUUUUUGUUAGAAUAUUUUUCUAAUGGCAAUUAAGAAUAUGCAAUUGUUUUUGUUUGUGGAAACACCACGUAAAUUUAUUACUGCAAAGCUUUCGAUCCGUAAGCCCGGAUCUUCAUCAGUGCUAAUAAUAUGCAGAUCUUCAUCAGAAUAUUAUAUGGAUCUUCAUCAGUGCUACAUAUUAUCAUAGGCGUACCGGGCGGGGGGGCGGGGGGGGGGCGGUAGCCCCCCCCCAGUUUUUUGGGCAGUCGGGCAAUAUUCGAUGAACAGUCGGGCAAAAGAAUGGACAAAUUCUGUCAAUUUUGUCGAAAAUUCCGUAAAUUUUGUGGUACAUUUAGUGUUAUUUGGAAAAAAUAUGGUAUGUCAGGAAAAUUUUUUUGACCCCUAAAAUGGUGCACUGACCGAAAUUUUUUUUGGUGACGGGGGGGGGAGUUGGGGGGGGAGGUCACCAAAAUAAUUUUUCCGGAAAAAAUUUUUCGGUACUAGUCGGGCACAUUUCUGAACAGUCGGGCAAUUUUCUUUCCGCCCCCCUAAUUUUUUCCUUCCGGUACGCCCAUGCAUAUUAUUAGCACUGAUGAAGAUCCGGGCUUACGGGUCGAAAGCUUUGCAGUAAUAAAUUUACGUGGUGUUUCCACAAACAAAAACAAUUAUAUUUUAUCGCCAUGCAAACAUUCAAAGAACUUAUUAAGAAUAUGCAAUUUAUAAUGCUAGAACAAAGCUUAACUAUAUCUAUACCACUACUGAAGGCUCGCGCCACGCACGAAUAUUCGCCGAAAAGCAUAUUUGGCUGUUUAAGACUUAGAAUAAAGGCAUGUAACUAAGUUAGCCCGUGGACCCAGCCUAGUCACAGUCGUUCUGAAGCAAGCGCGAGAAAAACACGUGGAUGUAGUACGAGACUGGGAACUAGGUGUGACGUCACCGCUAAAGUGCUUCAGAACGCCUAGCAGAUUUCAGUAUUUUUAAUAUGGCGGAAAAUUUAUAUAUACAAAUAACCUUGUAAAUACGACAAUGUUCGUUGAUCAUGUUCGAUGUCUACAUAACCAAAUUCAAACUGUAUUAAAAAUAUGCUCAAUUAAAAAAAUUUAUAUACGAAUUUACGAUACUGAGUCUGAGCAUGCGCAAUGCCAAUGGUCGUAUUGUUGAUGAUAUUUAUAUACUCGCAAGUUGUGAUCAACACUAGACCAUACUGGUAUACACAACUACGCUUUCUACUUGACAGGUUUAAAUAGCUGAGGAGAUUGGAAAUAUUUGCCUGACAUGACUGUGAUGUCAAAACAUUUUUAGUCGGAGACUCGGCAUAAUUUUCAAGCUUCUAGAUAGCAUUUAAUAUGGCUUUAUAUUUUAGUAAACACGAGUCAUAUUUAGCCCGUUAUUCCAUUCUGACCGUAUGGUAGCGAAACGUAGCCUAUUUCAUUGUUCCGACAGCAUUAGAUAAAAAUAAUUAUAAACGCAAAGGAAAUUUCCAUAACAUGUUCUAUUUACAAAUGUGGUUUGCUUGGUAACCAGGCCAGAGACCACUUUUUUGAAAUCACGAACCAUUUUACCGAAAUCUGCUAGGCCCUCUAGCUGAAGCGUUCCGCACAGCACACCCAGGCAUAAAACGUUUAAGACUUAUUUAAAUAUAUCAAAGCAGCGAAUAGAGAGAGAGCCUGGGACUAUGCUGCCGCGAACUUCGAUCAUCAGUGCAUGGCUGCAUGCGAAAUUCUUUUUAAAAAAUAUAAUGUAGCCAAUCAAAAGUUAUUUCUUUACAGACGCAGUUCCGCCUAGAGUGAUUUGUCUUACGUCCACUCCAGAAAAUGCCAUAUUUGGUAAAUCAGUUGUGAUAACGUGCGAGGCUAUAGCUGUGCCGUUACCAAGUUAUACCAUAAUCCAUAACGACACUGAGGUCGUCAGCACUCACAAGACAUAUAUUAUUCAUGUUCUGGAAUACAGUCACGCUGGGUCAUAUAAAUGUAUUGCAACAAAUAUGCUUGGAAAUAGUUCAAAGAUCUUCAGUUUGUAUAUCGAAAGUAAUUAAUACGCCAAUUUUUUCUAUGAUUGCAUUACGUAGUAAAUCAGUGAUACAGUUCAUCAAGCUUGUAUAACUAGGCAAAUAAAACAGUCUCUUAACAAUGGUAUUCAUUUUCAGCAACACGAACAACGAAUUCUCCAACUACAAAGGAUUCCGUAACAUUAUAUAAUCAAAGUUUUUUUAACAUAGUUCAGAAAGAAUAAUUUUGUUUUAUGUUGAGACACCUCGGCUGUAGGUGUAUGAGAUGUAUCUAAUUCUUAAACAUUUUAUACUAAAGUAGUUUCUCCAUUAGUCCUAAUUAUGUAAAUAGGUUUCUCAUCAGUACUUUGUUUUAAAUUUGUACUGAUGUAGUCACGCAUAGAGUAAAUAUAGUCGAGCAUUUUAAUUCAACAUGAGCCUAUGGCUCGAGCCGAGAUUGAGUAUCACUCCCUAUGUAUUGACUUUUAAUAAAUACUAUUACUAUUAUAUUACUAUAUUACCUAGUACAAAAUAUGUCGUUAAUAAAAUUGGUAAGCCAAUAUUUUUAACCGUAGCUGUAAUUCUGCCUUUUAGGAAAAGCAACUUUGGAAAAUUCGAAUCAUAGUGGGACUGAAUGGUAUAUCGUUGUGGUGUCAGUGGUGUCUGGAAUUAUCAUUGGAAUUCUUCUUUCCUACAUUGUCUCAUGCUGUCUUCGUAAAUUUAGAAGUGGAAACCCUCAAUCAAACCCUGAACCAAAAGCAACUGAAGUCGAUGCAACUUAUCAAGAGCUAGAUCUUACAAAAAUGAACACAGAAGAUAAUUAUCAAUCAUUGAUAGUCAAUGUUGCAAGUAAUGACGAUGAUUCUACGUAUACUGAGUUGAACAAAACUAGAAAUGAGGAGAACAACUACCAAUCUUUAACUUGAACCAUGAAUUUUAUGAGUCCCGUUAUAAGUCUCAGAUCUCAGGUCUUUGCAAUAAUAAUCCCAAAGAGCAAUUGUCGAUCACGAUUCACGAAACAUAGCCUGCUGACCGCCUGGAAUUUCCAAGAGGGAACCCUAACCCUAACCUAUCCCCCCUUGGAAAUUCCAGGCGGCAAGAAGAAUCAUGCAGAAAAAUCAUGCGAGCGCAAUACAAAAUAAAUAAAAUCGAAUCAAAAUCGAAUAAAAACAAAGAGUCGUCGAAUGUUUGAGCUGACGACAAUUUCCGAAAAACCUUGGCAUCCGGCCAACUGACAUGGAUUCAGUAUCGUUUCCCCAAUAUAACUCGGCCGGGGACUGGGCACGAAAAAGCAGGAACGUCAUGUAACGUCAAGAAUAGGGAGCUGUUAGGGAGCUUAAGGCGAGACAUUUUUUAUUUGUUGGUUUACGGAUUUGACUUAAAAAAAACACGUCGGUAGGUCGGAAAAAUAUUUUAAAAAAGCCAUUGUUUUUCAAGAUUGUCACAACGAUAACAUGAGGCAGCAGUACUUAGAGAGUCAAAGUUUACUUGGCGUGUAAUUCAUGUCAGAACCCCGCGUUGACG